GGCCGCUAAGCCCUCCGCAGCACCAGCUCCUGCGUGUGGGUGAACUAGUCCGACUUUGAGGAAGUCCCCGAGCCAAACUAGCACAGGAGCGGCCGGAAAGGAAGAUGUGGACACGCCACGGGGGGUCUCUGAGCUGUUUCACCCGGUUCCCCUCAGCGACAGGACGGCUUCUAUAAACUCCCUGCAGCACUUUAAUCUAGCUAGCUCGCCAAGCUAACACCGACGUCUCAACGGGAACUUCUGUCAACUUUUUUUUUUAUCAUCCAGCGAGUCCGACGUGCCACUUGACUGCGUGACGGAAUGGAGGAGAGCCAUUCCUUAUGAGUGUGUUGUUACCCACUGAAGUGUCAGGCUGAGUCCAUCUUUACAGGAGCUUUCCCCCCUUUUGGUUGGUGUCUUUAUUUUUCCACUGGCAGCCGCCGAGCGUGCGGACGGGGCGGACGUAAACAAUGUUCUCUGUGAAACCCAUGAAACCCAUGAAACCGACCUUCAAGAGUUAUCUCCCUCCUGUGCAGACUGAUGGGAAGAAAACCUUUGAACCGCCUAUUAAGAAGUUGGAACCCAAGUUACUUCCAGGGGAGAUAGUUGUUAAUGAGGUGAACUUUGUGAGGAAAUGCAUCAGCUCUGACAGCAGCCGGGAUGACCUUUGGGGGAAGUUGAUAUGCACCAACUUUAAGGUCUCCUUCAUCAUCCAGGAUGCCCCACCUAAACAGAAGUCCCACUUGUCCCACCUGCUGCUUGGAGAGCACGACAUCCCCCUGACCUGUCUUGAACAAGUAGUAACAGUGAAUGAUACGAAGGGGAAGAAGAAAGUGUUGGGGUCCAACCAGAAGCUGAAAUUCAAUCCCACUGAGCUCAUCCUGUACUGCAAAGACUUGCGCAUCAUGAGGUUCUGCUUUGAUGAGGCUGGGCCUGAGAGCGCCAAGAAGGUUUGCCUUGCUAUUGCCCACUAUUCCCAUCCAGCUGAUCUCCAUCUUCUAUUUGGCUUUGAGUAUCAAGGACGACGAUACCAUGAAUCUAAAGAGGAUAGAGUCAAUGGUUCCACCCCUCGAGGAGGAUUGCAGACCCCCAUUUUUGACCGUCCAUCUGACUGGGAUCGAGAGGUCAAGAGGACGAGUGCUUCAGGAUGGAGGGUCUGCUCCGUCAACGAGAGUUAUGCCAUCUCACAGAGUCUUCCAGAGUACGUCGUUGUCCCAGUUUCUCUGGCAGAUCAAGACCUAAAGCAGUACUCUAUAUUCUUCACUGAUAAUCGCAUCCCUCUCUGGUGCUGGAGUCACCCCAAUGGGAGCGCUCUUGUCCGCAUGGCCAGCAUAAGUGAUCCAUUACAGCAGAGGAAGAUUGAACAGAGGAUCUUUAAUGCCAUCACAAAGAGCCACCCACAGCGAAGUGAUGUAUUCAAGUCGGAUCUGGACAAGUGUCUGCCCAACAUCCAGGACAUCCAGAGCGCCUUUGUCAAAGUCCGGCACAUCUGUGUCAUAGAUCCUUUUGAGGAGUCUGAAGAGAGGUGGCUUACAUCCAUUGAAAACUCCCGAUGGCUGGAGCAUGUCAGGGCCUUUUUGAAGCACUCAGCUGAGAUUGUCUACACUCUGGAUGGAAAGAAUUCUUCAGUCAUUCUCCAAGAGGAAGAAGACCGAGACCUGAACUGUGUGGUGUCGUCAUUGGUGCAGCUCAUGUUGGACCCUCAGUAUCGCAGCCUCACUGGCUUUCAGAGUCUAGUGCAGAAGGAGUGGGUGAUGGCUGGCCAUCGCUUUUUGGACAGAUGCAACCACUUAAAGAAGAAUGACAAAGUGGAGUCUCCACUGUUCAUGCUGUUCCUGGACUGCGUGUGGCAGAUGAUAAACCAGUACCCAGCGGCGUUUGAGUUCACAGAGACCUAUCUGACAGUACUGAGUGACAGCAUGUGGAUUCCACUCUUCAGUACUUUCCUCUUCAAUUCUUCUAAACAACGCACUAAGCACUUAAUGGACUUUGCCAAGAUUAAAGCCAUCCCUCAAGGAGAAGACCAGGUUGUGUUUUUCCCGCCUGUUUGGGACUGGUCAAAGCAGUUCUCCACCAAAGAUCAAACCCUCUUUAACAACCCCAUGUACGUAGGCAAAGGAGCUGCCUGUGUUCAGAACGGGGGAGUGAAAACCUUCACACGCACAAAGAAAACCUACAGUUCCUCUGUGCGAGCAUCGCCAGCCUCUCUGCGUAAUGGGCUGAGGGUUGGAGAGGACACACUGACCCGCCGGGCAUCUCUGCUGUCGGAGCUGAAGCCCGAUUUCUCAACAGUGAAAGAAGAGAGCCCGGCAGAGCGCUUCUUCAGGGACUGGUUCUCUCAGCCUACCGACCAGCAGGGCCUCCUGAUUCCACUGCUCAUUCCCUCGCAUGUGGCUCUCUGGAAGCUCUACUUUCUCCGCUGGGUCCCUGAAGCCUGCAUUCCCAAAGGGGGCUCCAUCACUGCCUACCACAAGCUCUCCCAACUGGUCGAUGAAAUUGAGAUACUGCAGAGUCAGCUCAGGCAGUAUAAGGGACCCAGUCCGGGCAGCACGCCACUCCCCAGCCCCCAUGGGCCCCCUUUAACCCAAAGGAGGAUGUAUUUUAAGGCCAGUCCGCAGAACGACCCCCCUGCACCUCCAGACUUCCUUAACUCCUCCUUUCCUUUCACCCCAGUGGGAAAUCUGUGCCGCCGCAGUAUCCACGGGACUCCCAUUAGCAAAUUUCUGAACGGGGCGAGGAUCUGGCUUUCGACAGAGACUCUUUCUAAUGACACUGUCUGAGGACGGGGGGGCUUUCGGUUCACUUUUCUGUCCAAGCCUGUUUAUUUUCUAUGACCUCUUUCGUUAACACCAAGAAUGAAAAUAUGCAUUAGAAAAAAUGUAACUUUGAACUUCUGAUUAUUUAUAAGCUAGAAUUGGCACCAUUGAUGCCGCAUCAAAAUCUGAGGUAAUUUCUAAUCUGAAGUGUCAUCAGUCGUUCUCCAUUACAGCUGAGGAAUUCAGAUUCUCUGUCGUGCACCCUCUUAACUGGCCAGUGAGUUGUUACUGUGAGGUGUCUUCUGACUGGGAAAGAUCGUCUUUUAAAAAAAAAGUAUAUUCUUGUCCACUGCUUUUCCUUAGUGCUGAGCGAACUUCAUGAUCCACAAGAGCAUCGCUUUUAGAAAUUUACAUUUUGAGUUCAGAUGAGGCUGAGAACUUCCUUUUCCAAGAUUUACCUGUGAUUCACUGCGUGCACAACUGUAAUGAAUGCAGUGAAGUUGAUGUAUCUUUGAAUUCCAUUGGACAGUAAGACUUCUCCACUGUAAUGGAAUAAUGAUACUUGAAAUUAGAAAGCCCUCCUUUUUAUGCAGCAGCAAUCAUGCGUUCACUGAACACUGAUUUCUUAAUACUCCAUUUAUUUUGUGCCUUCCAGGAAAAUUAAAUUGAAGACGCAAUGUUUUACUUGGUCAGAAAGAGGAACAGAAAAUAACACUGCUAACAACUACUUGACUAUAUAGAAGAGGAUCUGGUCUGGUUGAAUGUAAUGGGGCGUUUAUUUUCGACAAACCAAAUGCUAUUUGCUCCAGGUGCCCAUAUUGUAACGCUUUUGUUUGGUGUAAGUAGCAAAUUGUGUGAUUUCAGGGUCUUACAUUGUAGAUUUACUCUAUUUUUGAAGCAGAGAUAAGGGCCUAUAUUUUUAGUGUCAUGAUGCAGGUGAUACUGAGGGGGAAGCGGAGCUUUGAGGAAUUAAAUCUGUGGUAGAUAUUGUUCUUUUCUCUUUUGAGUUUUUUUUAUUGAACUUUACUAGAAGCCUUCUGGUAAGGCACUGAGGAGAAUCCUCCGAUUAUUAGUAGCUAAAUGGGUAAAUAUUUGAAAGCAAAGGGACAGAUAAGGACUUUGACUCAAACCAGUCCCUAGUUAAAUGCCUGGUGAAUUGAAUUUCAGGCACUGAGUCACUGAUUCGAUGAACACAACAACAAUGGGUGGAUGACAAGUGACACUGUUACUAGGCAGCACAUGAAAAACAUCAGCAUCAAAUCAUCUGGAUAGUAAGUGUAAUAACUACACUGUGUGUAGUUUUGAAAUUUCCAAUGAAAGUAAGGUCAGAUGUCUAUAUUCAACACAAUCUGCAAUCUGUGUUACUUUGGAGUGAAAAACCAUGAACAGCAAUAACAGUAAACACUGUUAAAUAUACUGUAUAUCUGGCUAUAGCAAUACUUUUGUAUUAAUAUGAAUUAAUGUUCCUUAGUAACGCUGCUGCGCAGGGAGUUAUGAUAAAUCAGAAAACGGUGACGUUACUGUACUUCCAGUCAGGAUGGUGAGAGUGAGUGUGGUUCACAAAUGCGCUCCAGGCUAUAACUGAUGUAAUUAGGGAAAUUUCAUGAGAGCUACACUGCUACAGAUUUUCUUUGCAUUUCGAAGUGUCUCCCUGUGAAGUUCACUCCCAGCUGAACAGGGGACUGGUUUGAGACACAUCUGGGGAAAUGGGAUCAGUCAUCCAGAGCCCCUUUUUAAAAACUGGUAAGAACCUAGCACUGUUUAAUAUUUCUUAAAAUAACAACAGCUUUUAUGAAGCGCUUUGUCAUUAUGAAUCUAACACCACUGGAUAGAUGGGAUAUUUGUCCAGGAGCAUUGAUCCUUUUCAUGCUAGUUUCACGUGAUAUUUAGAUGAUUCUUUGGCAAUAGCUAGUUCAGGAGUUUUUUUUAGCAUAGAUGUGUAUAUUGUGAGUGCAAACCUGUUUGUGCUCCUGAAUGCUAUUCAUUGCACAUUUUACUCAAUAUAUAGGAUGGUUUGUUUAAAGUGGUUUUUGAAUAUAGUUUUGGCAAAUAUUAUAAAUACUGUAUAUGCUUGAAAAUCUUCCAAUUAAUAUUUUUGAUUAAUGGUACUAAAUAGCUUUUAUCCUUGAUUUAGUUUUUAUAUUUUAAGGAGAGAUAUUUAUAUAAUGUUCUUCCACUAAUACACAAUGUUGCACUCUGCUGUGAUUGUAUGAUGACGGUGUUUCCACCCUGACACAGUUUGAUAUUGAUAAGCAGCAGAUGUAUUUAUUCAGUUAUGCAAAUGUUCUCUAAGAGGGAUGCAGAUGCUACUGUAACCCCCCCCCCCCGUGCCUUUUUAGGAAGAUUGAUAAUUUCUAUAACUAUAUUCCUAAAUAGUUUAAAUUUUCAAACCUGAUGAUUUUAUAAUCUAUUCUAGUGAAAUCCAUAGGUACAGCAGUGACGCUGUCUUUCCUAACCGAACAUAAGGCUCAACUGUGUACCAGUAACCAAUCAAUUACAAUAUUUUUCAAAUGAA